UCUCUCUCUCUCUCUCUCUCUCUCACACACACACAUACACAACAAAGAGUAAGAAUCACAGUGGAACAGGCGCCUCUGUAGUGUGACAAUCUCCAAAGAAUACAAGCUUUGAACCCAAUUUGUUCCUGGGUGAAACUAAAACAGAAAUGGUUGGAGGGUUGUAGCAGUUGCCAUUGAAGCUUGCUUUUGGGCUUGAAGAGUUUGAGUUUGGUUUCUUUCAAUGGAGCUUAUGAAUGAAGAAUCGAAAUCAAAGAUGGAAGAGUUUGAAGUAAUAGAGCAGAUUGGGAGGGGAGCUUUUGGGUCAGCAUUUCUUGUCCUCCACAAGACUGAGAAAAAGAGGUACGUUUUGAAGAAGAUCCGUUUGGCUAAGCAAACAGAGAAGUUCAAGCGAACAGCUUAUCAAGAGAUGAACUUGAUCUCAAAAUUGAAAAACCCAUACAUUGUAGAUUAUAAAGAUGCUUGGGUGGAAAAGGAAAGCUGUGUUUGCAUUGUGACAAGCUACUGUGAAGCUGGAGACAUGGCUGAGAUGAUAAAGAAAGCUAGAGGAACUUUUCUCCCUGAGAAGAAGCUUUGCAAAUGGCUGACACAGUUGUUGCUUGCUGUGGAUUACCUGCACUCCAACAGGGUCCUCCACAGGGAUCUGAAGUGCUCCAACAUAUUUCUAACAAAGGAGAAUGACAUCCGCCUUGGUGACUUUGGACUUGCAAAACUACUCAGUAAAGAUGAUCUCACUUCUUCGGUUGUGGGAACUCCGAACUACAUGUGCCCUGAGCUCCUUGCAGACAUUCCUUAUGGCUACAAAUCAGAUAUUUGGUCACUAGGAUGCUGUAUGUUCGAAAUUGCUGCACACCAUCCUGCAUUCAGGGCUUCUGAUAUUGCUGGACUAGUCAACAAGAUAAACAGAUCCUCCAUUUCUCCACUCCCAACUGUGUAUUCCUCUGAAUUGAAACGGUUAAUCAAGAGCAUGCUGAGAAAGAAUCCAGAACAUAGACCGACUGCUUCAGAUCUGUUGAGGCAUCCACACUUGCAACCAUACCUCAUUGAAUGCUGCAACCCUUCUUCUGUUUUUCUUCCAGUAAAAACUACAAAUAACUCAGGGGAUAAACCAACACAAAUCCGAUCAUCUAAUAAGUCUAAUGCCGGAAAGGAAGGUAAAGGCAGAGAGUCAAGGAAAGAUGCACCAAGAGAGUCGAGGAGUCCAGAGGAGGUGGUCUCAAACACUGAUGUCCAGCCAAGAAAUCUAAGAAAUGUAGAUAAAACAGAGACCAAAAAGGUUGACCCAACAAGCUAUCGUUACGAAGCAUCUCACAACAAUAGGGGUGUGCAAGGAGGAAGUAGAGACAGUGAGAUGACGUCUCAUAGUGGAGAUCAAGUCAAUGCCAAAUGUUUCCAACAAAUAGAAAGCACUGACACAGAAAGCACCUCACUGAAUACGGCAAUUAGUAAUCAAAAAGAUGAACAAAGGGAGGAAAAUUCUCCUGAACAUUACCUGCUAGCAGAAGAGAUUGAUACAAGGACAGGAGGAGUUAUCCCAGAGGAUGGAUCAGCACUGUGUGCUCCAGAGGCUCUUGCGCACAAUCAUAUACAAGGUGACGGUGCAAAAACACAAAACAUGCACAGAGGGGCAUCAUCCAUUGCAGAUUCUAUGGGUCCAGUUGCAUCCAAAGAUGAAGAAACAUCGUCGUCAGCUAGGGAAAAUGUUAUCCAUAACAUAAAUGUAGUAACACACAUCCACUGUUCAAAGCAAGUGGAAAAACCUAGUGACUCUCCACCAUGUGCUCCCCAAGACUGUAUGUCAUCAGGAAGCACAUUCAGUGGUGAUGAUGUAGGACCGGAAACAGUUAAUACUCUCAACCACGAGAAAUCAAGGACUGGUAACAAUGAUGAAAUAAAUUGGGUUACCAAUGAUAUCUCACUGAUGAGUACAUUGACAGCUCUAAACAGUGAUGACACAAGGGCUGAGUUGAAUAAUCAUAGCCAACAAAGAGCUGAUGCUCUGGAGUGCCUGCUGGAGCUAUGUGCACAAUUACUUGAACAGGACAGACUUGAGGAACUUGCGGGCGUGCUGAGACCAUUUGGAGAAGAAGCUACAUCAUCCAGAGAAACAGCAAUUUGGUUGACAAAGAGCCUAACGACGGCACAAAUAUUUAAUGGGGGAAUCUAUAACUCAAGACCUAAGACUGCACUUAAAUACACUUAUCAGUGCCACCAAACACCAUAAGUUUUGAAGGAGAUAACAAGCACCUAUAAUAUAUCCCAUAUUUCCACCCAUUUCUUGUGUUAAAUAUUCUGUUGAUUUUGAUUUGCUCACUGAAGGAGAAACAAAUGUGUUGCAAGGAAUCAUACCAUAAUUGGAACUAAACUCCAAGAAGUAUUAUUUUA